GGUGACUCUGGUGGCCCCUUGUCCUGCAACGGGACCCUCCAGGGGUUGGUGUCCUGGGGUCUCCAGACCUGUGCCCUGCCUGGGCGUCCUGGGGUCUACACCAGGGUCUGCAACUACGUGGGCUGGAUCCGUCAGACCAUGGCCACCAACUAG